UUGAUCAUCUGACAUCAUAAUGUCUGAAAUCAGAUUCAGCAAUCUCACUUGGGAUCAAGUUAUGACACUGGAUCAAGUGUUAAAUGAAGUUAUUCCAAUUCAUGGAAGGGGAAAUUUCCCCACAUUGGAGGUAAAACCAAAAGAUAUCAUUCAUGUUGUGAAAGAUCAACUGAUAGAGCAAGGAAUUAUUGUUAAAGAUACCCGAUUGAAUGGUUCCACAGCAAGUUACAUACUUGCAAGCCACAAUGGAAUCAGCUAUAAGGAUCUGGAUGUUAUUUUUGGUGUUGAGCUACCAAGUGAUCAAGAAUUUCAGGUUGUUAAGGAUGUAGUUCUGGGUUGUUUGCUCGACUUUUUACCAAAAGGUGUAAAAAAGGAAAAAAUCACCCUAAAGACUAUGAAAGAGGCUUAUGUGCAGAAGAUGGUCAAAGUUUGCAAUAAGCAUGAUCGUUGGAGUCUCAUCUCUCUUUCAAAUAAUACUGGAAAGAAUGUAGAGCUAAAGUUUGUGAAUUCACUCAGACGACAAUUUGAAUUUAGUGUAGAUUCCUUUCAAAUUGUUUUGGAUCCCAUAUUAGAGUUCUACAGUGACAAAAAUGGUAAGCUAACCAAAGCAUUCUAUCCUGUUGUGGUAGCUGAAAGCAUGUAUGGAGACUUUCAAGAAGCAAUGACACAUUUGCAGUACAAGCUUAUAUCUACCAGAAAACCUGAAGAAAUUAGAGGUGGUGGCCUUCUGAAGUACAGCAACUUGCUGGUUCGAAACUUUAAGCCAGCUUGUGAAGCAGAAAUCAAGACCCUGGAACGUUAUAUGUGUUCUAGAUUCUUCAUUGAUUUUCCUAAUGUAGAAGAACAGCAAAAGAAGAUUGAAUCAUACCUCCGCAACCAUUUCAUAGGUGAAGAAAAGAGCAAGUAUGACUACCUCAUGACCUUGCGUGGAGUUGUGAAUGAAAGCACUGUUUGCCUCAUGGGUCAUGAAAGAAGACAGACCCUCAAUAUGAUCACCCUUAUGGCUUUAAAAGUACUUGGAGAACAGAAUAUCUUACCUAAUACCGAAAAUGUAACUUGCUUUUAUCAGCCUGCUCCAUACUUUGCUGCUGAGGGAGGGUACCCUGCUUAUUACGUAACAUCUGGACCACCACCUAUUUUCUUUCAGCCAUACCACCCACUGCACUUUCAUGUGCCAAAUGGUAUGGUUUAAAAAAAACACAGCAGAAACUUCGCUUUAAUUAAACACCUCUUAAAAGCAAGUUUCCAAAUUCCAUAAAAUUUAAGAUCUAUAUUUAUUUUUAUGCAUUCGCCAACUAUUUUUCAUCAAUUAUAGUUUAAAUCAUCAUAGUAAAUACAAUAUCAUCUGUGAACUGACCUCUUUAAAUGAUUUUCAGAUUUUAUUGAUUAACUAUAUAUAACAACUAUCAGAUGUGAACCGCUUAAAGUAAUUUUCAAAUCUGACUAUGACUUUCAAACUUGCUGUGACAAAUAAAUUAGAGAUGCCUGCAUCUUUGGUUAAAAUGUAAAAGAACAGACACAUGUUUUAAAAUACAGAGGUACAGUAAAGACAAAUGUCAACAUUUUUGUAACAAUCGCUUUACUUUGUUACCUUUACUUCAUUUUUUCCUAGUAAAUAGUACCAUUAAUGAAUUUUUAACACCUAUCUAAAAAUGUCUCAUUUCAAAGACAACAGAUUCAGAAGACAUUAAAAGUCUGGACUGUGCAAGCAUAUAUUUUGUUUCCCAAUUGAAUUGGUUAGAUACAAAAUACUACUACAGUUUGACGGAACACUGAAAAAAUAAUUCUGGAAAGUGUUUGACAUUAGCAAUUUAUCAACUGUCAAAUAAGUUGGUUAAUUUAUGGAUCUGAAGAAUAAUACCAUCAAGCUGGACAACCAGUACUGUGGCCACUUAUACAGGCUUCUUCAUUUUUCCCCAAACAACUUGAAAAGAAUGAAAAUGACCAACUCUAAAUGUGAAAAGUUUUCUAUCAUUAUCUGUUAAAAAGAGACUCUACAUGUCAAAUAGCAAAAAGAGAUAAAGGUUUUAACCAUGGCCUUUACCAUUUUUAUGGCCAAUUUGACCAAUAUCUUAAUACCUAGAGACAUUCCGUGUUAGUAAGUGAAAAUAUUUUCAUUAUUAUUAAAUGAAGCUUGAAGUUUUUUUUUUCUUAUUUUGCCCUUACCAAAGAUCAGUUGCUAACCAGACACACAAGUGCCUACUCAUAUGUGUUUUUGCAUAACGCUAUGAUUUAUUCAACAAUUGUAUGUGUUCAUCAGGUAUCUGACUACUCACUAUAUCAAAUAUGCUGCUAGCAAAUCUGCCAGUGGGAUUAAAACAGUAUUUUCUUCCUAUAAUGAAGAAAAUAAUCCAUGACCAAUAUUACCUGGGAUGACAGAAGGGGAGGAGCUCUCCUGAAUGAAUAUAGAUAAGAUCAUCAGAAAUUUUCAUUAUUUUUACUUGCUUCUGAUUUUUUAUGAGUUUUCAUCUCAGUUUUCAUUGACCGUCACAAUUUUCAAUCAAAAUGUGAUCCAACAGCCAUAUUCUGAGAAUUUUUCACUUACAGUGUUUAAUCUGUCUUCUCUAUGUUACAGUGUUGGACACAAGAAGUACACCAAAGAUAGCAUUUGCAAAUAACCAAUAUUUCUGAGAUGUUUUAUACCACAAUACCACUGGCCAUCAGUAUAUUUUUAAAGAAUUAUA